CAAUCUGAUUGGCCCGGCCAGUGGUCUUAGCAAGUAACUGGCAGUCCGGUCUUCUUGCAGCAUCCAUUGGCCGAUAAGUUUUAUAAGUUUGGUGUUUACCGGGAGGGUCCGACGACUCUCUGUCUCUCUCUCUCUCCCUCUUUCUCUCAGACUCUGUCUCUCAGGAGGAGCCAGCGGGAGAACCAGUACUAGUCCUACUACCGUUUCUUCUUCUUCUUUUUUCUUCCAUUUUCUGCUGCUGCUGCUGCUGGUGCGGCGCGGUGGUGGUGGUGGAAACGUGAAGGAAUAUAUAUAUAUCUAGAGAGAGAGUGGUCGGCCUUUAAGACAAUCUGAAUAAUAUCGAUAAGGGGUCCUCCGUCGUCCUUGCAAAUACUUCGAACCCAUUUCGUUGCUGCUUAUACUGAUAGCCAUCGUCGAGAGAGCGGCCCAUCUCCCUUUGAGUGCUAGGCCUAUAUAGUAGACCUCCUUCUCCAGUUACUCCAGAGGCCGUCCACCGGAUCUCAAAGGGCCCUCUCUUACGUCAAGUGAGAUCAAACUAGCUCGCCAUCUCUCUCUUUCUCUCUCUCUUUUACACUCUCUGUGUUAUUCGGCCAGCCAGCGUAACCGGGAGCUGCAGGCGGUUCGGUGUGGGAGCGACAGAAAAAGGGUGCUCGGAACUGUGAUAGCUUUAGGAUCUGCCUUCGAUCGUGAUAGAUUGCUGUUCUUGCGUGCGCGCUCCUUGACCCGUCUGAUUCAAAAUGAAUGACAUCGACGAGAAGACUAUGCACGCUCUGCGCAAGGCUUUUGCGACAGUGGACAAGACCAAAAGCGGCUUCGUGGACAUCAAGGACAUAGAAGGCAUCUUCAACAACAUGGGAACUGCCUUCGACAUCGAUGACCUCAACGAGACCAUCAGAAGAGUGGACAUCGACCAGGAUGGUAAGAUCAACUUCGACAAAUUCGUCAUCAUCGCUUCCAAUUUCCUGACGGACGACGACGAUGAGACGAUCACCAAUGAGCUGCGGGAAGCCUUCAGGCUCUACGACAAGGAAGGCAACGGCUACAUCACGACGGGGACCCUACGGGAGAUCCUGAAGGAGUUGGACAACAACCUCUCAGACAGCGACCUGAACGACAUCAUAGACGAGAUCGACGAGGAAGGGAAGGGCAAAGUCGACUUCGAAGGAUUCCGGGAGCUGAUGAUAUAGAAGAAGAAGAAGAAGGAGAAGAAGAACCGCCUCUCCCUUGUCUCGCGUGGACAGACUCCUGUUUUCGUUUUUCGUGUGUCUCUGUCCUUCUGUUAUCGCUAUUUUUUUCCUUUUUUUCUCUCUGGAAGGUGGAACUUUGGGUGUGAAUGAGUGAGUGGGCGAAUGAGUGAAUAAAUUGACUAUGGUUUAAAAUUAAAAAAAGACCAGGUAAAUCUUGACAAUUCCCACGAAAGCUUUGAAAUCAAACUGGAAGUUCAAGUAAGGCUUUUUCUUCGUCUUCUUACUCUCUAGAGUAGGAAUUCCAGACCUCCUUGAUUCCAGGUCGCAAGAAAGCAAUCUCAAGCUCACUGACCUGUUAUCAAUACAGCCCGUAAUUACGUUAAUUGACUUCUGUGCCUGGCAUUGUUGCGUGUGUGUUUUGUAAAGUAUAUAAAUAUAGUUGAGAAGCCGAUGUCACAGGCUUAAAAAUUGUUCUAAUGUAUGUUUUGUUAAGCAAAAAAAAACAAAAUAA